UGGACAUCAUGUGGCGUUUGACUGUACUGGUUCUCGCGGCGACUGCCUCAGCUCAAAUACCUACAUUAGGAUGGUGCCCCGAUUUUCAGUCGAUGGCGAAUUUCAACAUGAACCGGUUUUUGGGUACUUGGUAUGAAGCCGAGCGGUUCUUCACCGUCAGCGAACUUGGCUCUAGAUGCGUCACCACCAACUAUGUGAGCACUCCUGAGGGAAGAAUCAUUGUAUCCAAUGAAAUCGUCAAUUCUUUAACGGGAAUGAAACGCCUUAUGGAAGGUAGCCUUCAGAUGAUAGGGCGCGAAGGCGAGGGACGCUUCAUGAUUAAGUACUCAUCAUUGCCACUUCCGUAUGAGUCCGAGUUCUCAAUCCUGGACACGGACUACGACAACUAUGCGGUGAUGUGGUCAUGCAGCGGCAUAGGGCCGGUUCACACUCAGAACACCUGGCUUCUGACCCGCGAGCGUCUCCCAUCCUUGCUGGCGAUGCAGAACGCCUACGCAGUGCUAGAUCGAUUCAAGAUUUCUAGGACAUUCUUCGUGAAAACCAACCAGGCUGACUGCACGAUCCUACCCGACCCGGUGGCCAUCCCGAUAGAAGCGAAGUCUGCUGAUGUUAUUAAGAACGUAGAUAUUAAAGUUAAAGAGAAAGAGCCCGUAGAGGAUUCGGAUUCUGUUAAGAAGCAAAUAAUCGACGAAGUCGUGGAAGAACGGUCGGCGGUGCCAGAAAUUUCUUUUGAACCCAAACCCGUACCUGUACCAGAAAUGAUAUUGACAGAGAACGAGAAAAAAGGGGAAAAUAUGGAAGAACCUAAAGCGGAAGACAAGGCAGAAGCAGUGGAACCUAAGGCUGUUGAAACCACCACAAUAUAACUCAAUAAAAAUUAAUAAGUGCCUGUGUAUUUUUUAUGUAAUUUACUGAGCGUCUGAAUAAAGUAUUGUCUUGGAAUAUGCUAUUAGUAGAUAAAAUUUACUAUUACAUAUUAUAUCGGAUAUUAAUUAGUAUUAUUCUAG